GGUGCUGCUCUGCAGUUUCCCUCAGAGCCUCCUAAACGACACGGACAACCGGAAGUGGUCGCAAAUUCAAACCGCCAUCACAGCAACAAUAUGCGCGUAUUUGGUUUUUCACUUCAUCGGCUGUCUGACGAAUAGGUAGUUUAUGAAUACUUAAGCUAAAUCUCACAGAGAAUUUCUUUAAGUUUACAGGUGCAGACCUAACCGAAGCAGUCCGAGCUGACGGCAGCAGUAUGGAAGAAGACAUAAAGAUGGCCGGGACAGAACAAGGAGAUGCGGCGAGCAAUGAGGGAAAGGCCAGUGUGGAAAUGCCCAGUAACAGUUCAAAUAAGAGAGGAAGGGGUAGGCCUCAGGGUUCAAAGAAGAUGCAAGUUUCUGUUACAGAUAUUAACUUAACAGAGCAGAUUUCCAACGGUGGAUCCAAACAGUCUACGAGGGGAAGAGGGCGUCCAAAACUUGUGAAACAUACAGUACAGGAAGGAUCAGGAGACAACAAGCAGGCCAGUAAUUCUCCUCAGAAAAGAGGCCGGCCGAGAAGUUCUCUGAGCAAAAGCACCUCUAAGAAUGCUGCCGCUAAAGACUUACCGAACGGUGGCGCUGAUGCAUCAAAGCCGAGACGGGGUCGUCCCAAAGGAUCCUUGAAUCGCAAGUUUGAACGUUUAACAAGUGGAGAGAAUGAAGGCAGUUCUGUACCGCGUCUGAGACAAAGAGGCUCUCUCAAUAAGAACGCCAUGAUAAAGACAGAGGUCAGCAGUGAGGAGGAGGAGGAGGAAGAGGAGGAGGAGGAGGAGGAGGAAGAGGAGGAGAAGAAGCCUCGCAGAGGAAGGCCCCAAAAAAAGAUUGCAGAGGAGAGCGAAGAUGAAGAAGAACUUGACUCGGAUGACUCCAGGCCGGCUAAGAGGGCGAGGGGUCGCCCCAAAGGCUCUUUGAACAAGAAACCCCCUGCAUACAGGGUGCAAAGUACGGUGGGCCCGUCCACACGAGGGAAGCGUGGCCGACCGAGAAAACAACCAGCCAAAAGGGGACGGCCAAGGAAGUACCCUCUGCCAUCCCCCGAGGAGCUGAAAAAGCCCAAAGUAUGGAAGCCGCUGGGAAGGCCCAGGAAAUACCCCCGCGUUGAUCCUCCAGAGGGGUCUCAACCGGCCCCUCGCAGAAGCCGCGGUCGGCCUUUUAAGUCCGAGUCCAAGAAAGGCGCUCACCUGCGCAAGAGUUUUCCUGCAUCUUCACCCCGUGACCCCAAUGUUGGAUCCCAGAGGAAGAGGGGCCGUCCCCCAGGCGCGGUGAAAAGGGAAGCUGCACCAAAACGUGAUGCUGGACCAAGCAGGAAAAGGGGCCGUCCUAAAGGUUCACUCAACGCAAGGAAAGCCAGCAGUGAAAAAAAGUCCCUAAGAGCAGCCGCCAACCGCUCAAGAGCAGAGAGGGCUGCUGAGGAGGAGGACGACGAAGAGGAGGAGAGAGAAGAGGAGGCGCACAUGUCCAGCGAGCAACACAAGGAUAUUGAGCGCGGGGACAAUAGAGCAGAGUCGCUCGGCGGUCAGGAUGCAGGCCAUGGAGCUGGUCACCAGGCCUGAUGAACCAGCCGGUCUGACCAAAGGAAAGUUGCUGUUUUAGAAUACAAUCUGAAAUCACACGUUUCUAGUCAUUUUGUCAGCCGAUAUUCUGCAGCUCUUUUCUGACUAACUUGUCCAUCUUGUUCUAUUGUGCUUUUUAUUAAUGACUUUUUUCAUGUCGUCAGAAUAUUUGUAUUACUAAUAAUCUUUUUUGGAACUGGCGCCGAUUGUUCCGGUUUACAUUUAGCGUUUUAGACGUAGUUUUUGUCCGUUUUAUUGUAACUGUGAAACGGUUGCUUUUUUAAAUGAGUUAAAAAGGUCAAAGCUAAUAGAAAGUAUAGAGAGCUGUGUUUGUGAAAUCACAUUCCACCAGCUUAUGUAACUCAAUACAAUCUGUUUUUCUGUGUUUCUUUCACUGCUCUUUCUGAAAAGAUCUAGCUAGUUCUUCGGGACAAACUAUGCUAUGAAAAUGUAAAUCACCUUUUCCAACUGAUUUCCAAACACACAUCUACUAUGAUACUGCUCUGUUUUGAUUUUAGUUUGCAUAAUUGGACUUGACAAGGACACAGGAUUAGAUCUGGGGAAAUGCUUCUUUAAAAAAAAAUUUAUAUUUUUAUUACAACAAUUUGAAAGGGGUCACCCGUAGCAACGAACGUACAGAGAAUGAUCACCUGAGUCUGCAGCUGAUCUCUGCUUCACAGAGAUUUAGCCAACGGAUUGUUUAACCUCAAACGUCCCCAUUUUCAUUCAUUCAUGGUGUUUUUAGUCAACAUAGUGGAGCAUUUAGCAGCUAAGAACAGAUAUUUCCCUCAGGAGUUUGUUGAGACCUAAAUUAACUGCUGGGUGUGAAUUUGGAAAAUUGUAGUUCAUAAAAUGUCUACUGUCUUAAAAGCUGUUAUUUCAAUGUUGUGUUGUGCAACAACUUGUUCCCCCUUCCCCCAAAGUGGUCAACACAAAUCAUUAUUGCAGGUUUAAGCCAUGCUGCUCUGCGGCUUACAAGGAAUUGUUAGAGGCCGCUAAAGUACUGUUGAGUAGUUUGUGUUGUUUUACAAUGUGGCCGUGAAUGAGGUUUCCUUGCUUUUGGAUAAUAAAAAUAACAGGUUGUGCUUUAUAUUGGGAAUCUGUGAGGGUUUGAGGGCCUGUGAAAUGAAAUAUGUCCACAUAUCUUUGAUAAUUUGAUUUAGUUGCCCAAGCUUUGAAUGUACCAUCAGUUACACAGAUCAAUGAGCCCUCACGCAGACUGAAACCUAAUAAAUGCCUUCUUGCCACACACACGUAGUACUCUUGUAGUUUCAUCUGUUGCUCCCGUUAAGUUCUCCUAUGUUGACAUGUAGCUGUGAAAGCUUUUCUUUUUUAUCUUGACCAUCAUGAGAUUACAUGUAGGUGAUUGGAUUGAUUUCACAAACAUUCAUACACUUGCUUGACUUGACUUGUUCAUCAUUAUUACUUAAUGUACAUCGACAUCUUGAGGGUUGGGUAAAAAUAUUAAAGUGUUAAAAUGCCAAAUGGAGUUUGGUUGUGUCAAGUUAUUCAAAUAUAAGGACACAUUUGGAUUCAUAGUUUUGAAAUCAAUAAUUUGUGAUAUGCUCUUGAAAUAAAAUGUGAUCUUGCUGUUU